ACCACACACCCGGAGUCCUUACUAGGGCCCAGUGGCGGCAGGCCUCCUGGUCGGAGUCAGGGCGAAGGGGCAGAGCUUCGGAAAGGAGCCGCAGUUCCUCAGCCUCCCGCGGAGAGCGCAGUCAGUCGGUUAGACCAGCUCUCCGAGGGCGGGGUCGAAGGCGGAGCGCCGCGGCCAUGCAGCGGGCGGCAGACGCAGGCUGCAGCGGAGGGGAAGGCCAGGGAGGCCCCGGCAGUGCGGCCACGGCGGCCCCAGCGUCUGGCGGAGCUCCUCGAGUCUUGCGAGCACAGCAUGGCCCAGAGCCGGGCGGAGACGCAGCGUCCACGGCCAGAAGACCGGGAAACCGACUACAUACAUUCGCCCUCAGUGUGCCUUUCCCGUCCCCCUUGGAGGCUGACAUCGCCUGUGGGUCUCUGGCCCCAGAUGCGGAACCCCACCCAGGGGCGGUUCGGAAGGAGCUCACAGUGAGCGGCAGCGUCCUAGCGGUCCGCUGGAGAGCUGAUGAUUCUCGCCUCCUCCGAAUAUCCAUCAUCAACUUUCUUGACCAGCUUUCCCUGGUGAUGCGGACCAUGCAGCGCUUUGGGCCCCCUCUUUCCCGCUAAGCCUGAGCUAGGAAAAGGGGGCUGAGGCCCAACCUUGUGUCCCAUCCUAGGCAAUGGAUCCUUCCUACGACAGCAAUUAUUGCAGUAGUUGCCACUUUAUCAUGGAGCCCUAAAUCUUUUGCCUGUACCGGCCCUUGGACACUGGGGGUUCACUUCAUUUGUUUGGUCCUUACUGCAGACAACAACUGAGCUACUAUUCCAUGUCUGAUUUUCUUUUAAACUACAGCACCUAAUAUUCUUGCCUUUGUCCCAGGGUUGGAGGAGAGGUCUGGGAUUCAGAUAUUCAAGCACUACCAGGUAACUGAAGACAGUUUAGGAAAUGGAAGAUGGGUCCUGUCGUUCAGUAUUAACUACUGUCAACAUUUUGGAAUCUUUCCUUAGUUUUAAACCUGUAUUUUAUAUAGUAAAUGUAUAACAAUAAUACAUAAUGUAUAAUAUUUUGUAUUUUUACUGAUAUUUUUAAUCUAACAUGAACGUUUCCACUAAAAAUUCUUCAAAAGCAUUAUUGAAUGGAGGCAUAAAAGAUACAUUAUAAUGUAAUUAUUGGCCAUUUAAAUUACUGUGUUUCCCGAACAUAAGACCUAGCCAGACAAUCAGCUCUAAUGUGUCUUUUGGAGCAAAAAUUAAUAUAAGACCCUGU